AUGACUAGAGACUUAGAGUCAAUUACUAAAGAUAUGUUUCAGCUACAAAAAGACAAAGAGUGGGACCCACUGUUUAAAAUUAUUAUAUUAAUUGAAAGUAAAGUUAACAACACCGGACUACAUAGACUGUUUGAAUGUUUCAUGGAGAUUCACAUUAUUAAUGUUGUGGUAGUGGAUGAAACUGACUACUCUAUGUAUACCUACAAUCCCUUUGAAAACUAUGGUUGCGGGAAGAAGUUUGAUAACAUCAUCAAACUGGGUAAUUGCCAAAAUCCACACGCUGAACUAUUUCCAGACAAAUUAGUGACUGAUCUACGAAACUGCACGUUCAAAAUACUAACUACAGAUUACCCUCCAUAUGCAGUUGAUUCGAGAAAUAAGGCAGUUCAAAGUUACGGAGCUGAACAUUGCACGUUAAACACCCUGGCCGAUAUCGGCCAGUUUCGUAUUAACUACUCUUACAAAAACAUUGUCGAUGAAUUUUCAAUUGUCACCGAAGAUAACGUUGCUAAAGGACCAUUGAAAUAUUUACAAGAUAAUAAAUUCGAUGUCGUUUCCAGUGGCAUGUUUUUAAUAGAGCCUCGUGCCAGAGCAUUUUCCUAUGUCUAUGGUCACAUGGCAUACGAGGACGACAUGAGAAUAGUGGUUGCUGUAGCUGGUGAAGUCCCGAAAUGGAAAAAAGUGUACAUGGAAUUCCAAGAAUUUGUAUGGAUCAUGCUAGCUCUUGCCUUUGUAGCAUACUCAAUUGUUGUCUUAGUAUUGACGAAAAAAAGAUACACUUUGCAGUACUCAGUAAUUUUAAAAUUAUGGGAUAAUUGUUUUCUAAAAGCUGGUUCCAACAUUCAGUGUAGCUUUCCCGUGAGAUGUGUACUGAUUUUAUGGCUUUGGUUUACGUUUUUAGUAAAUAGUUAUUACACAACAAGCUUGGUAAGUCUCAUCACAACUGAAGUUAAUGAAUAUCAAGUGAAAACUAAGCACGAUUUAAAAUACUCCUUCUAA